CUUUGUUAGGAGGUGGUUUCUUCCGCCGUGCCUUGCGCUCGGCAGAUCUGCCACCCGCUCCCUUCCUCUCAGCAUGGAUGCAGGUGAGGGUGAGGACGACCAUCGCAUGACGGCCCGGCAGCUGGCCUUGCUUAAGGCCGCCGGUGGGCAGAAACGCAAACCCAUCAUGGACGUCGACACCAGCAGUAGUGACGCGGAAGGCUCGGAGUAUGGCAAGGGAGGGCGGCACAGAAAGGCCGGCAAGAAGAGGCAGCUGGGGGAUAGGAAGGGUAAGGGUAAGGGCGAUAGGAAGGGCCGCGGGAGGGAUAAGAUGGAGGUGUCGGACGACGAGGAGGAUAUCGAGGUGAGGACUGAGGGAUGCAGAUGGCUGCUGAUGGGUGGUGGGUGCAUUUCCGUGUGUUUUGUGGUUUGGCUUCGUUACUUUAUGCAGGAUGUAGUUGAGGUUGGUCAUGCUGAUGCGUUGAAGGCCCUGAAGAAGAUGACCAUGAAGCUCGAAGGGCAGCUCAAGCAGGCCAAACAGGCCGAAAAACAGGUUCUUCGUGGAACAGAGAGGCUGGCGGAAUGGAGAUGGGAGUACUUGACUUUGUGAUGCGUUUGCUGCGUGUGCGUGUAUUGAUGCCAUCAGGCUCGUGAGGUGUAUGAGUUGAGGAGGGCCGCCCCUGAUGCCGAAUCGCUCGAACACCAACACCGCAUCCAGGUGAGCGAGUGGGUCAGGGCCAAUACCAUACACACGCCGACCGACAUCAAUACACACAGCCUCUCCUUGUAUGUGUGUGGUGUCGUUCAGGAGGUGGAUCGUCAGAUUCGCGUGUGGUCGAGCAUGGUGUGUGCAGACGCCAACACGCAGAUCAGCCACAUGGACAAGGUCGCUACCAGGCAGAUGAAGGAGAACCUCCGCAAACUCGACGCCAUCCGACACAGACUCAACGAAAUGGACCAAGACGACACCGAGCAGGUCAACCCAACACAACCCGAGACAGCACAAAGAGAGGAAGGCAAUCCACCUCCGUUCCUUUCCUCUGAUGUGUCAGGUCACAUCGCCGCUUGAGGGUCUGCCUGAGGCCCUGUGGAUGGCCGACGGUGUGGGGAUGGGCGCCAUGCUGGGCUUCGUGUCGUAUCUGGAGUCGCUGGCGGGCGUCAACACCUUCUUCCACCACCUCACCCAGUCAAGCGGCAUGCACCCCAUCGCCGAGUUGGAGGACUCACCCAAAAUGAAAAUCGCUAAGAAAUGGACGGCCGGUGAGGAGAGCGGGAAGCCGACACCUUUGUGUGUGCGACGACGUGUGGUGACGUGUGGUGUGUGUGUUGUGAUCAGGUCCGUUGUCCGAGUGUGUUGACGUGCGCAUCUACCACCGGCCCACCAAGUCGCUGGUGUACCUGCUGGAGCGCCUCUCGGCCACCGUCGAGAGUGUGGACCUGCAGUGCCAGUACGAGCACCCCAUCUACAGAAACGGCCAGCGUGCGCCAGAGAGACAGGUGCAGUACAACGUGGAGCGAGACAUGCGUAAGAGGAAGGGCGACUUCCAGAAGGUCGACCUGCCACAGAACAAGGUGGGGGCGCUGCCAAGACACACAGGCUUUCUUCCACUCAUCAUUGCUAUGUCUCCCUCUUGUGUGUCCGGUAGGAGCCGAUUGUGUUUGAGCGUGUGGAGUCAGCCAGCGCUGGCAAUGUGUGGCUGAAGGUGGCCGAGGACCGCAUGUACCAGAUGCCGCACCUGCAGGGCCUCAGUGUGGUGGACGUCACCAUGGCUGGGGCUCAUCGGUGGAUCCGCGAGGCUGACGGGGGCAUCAAAUCGCUGCACAUCAUCUGCGACAAGGUGAGGAGGCCACUCGGAGAGGGAAAGGGGAUACAUAGCUGCAUGAACGACUGAUCUCAUAUUGCUACUUUGCCUCCAGGAGGAUCCGAAUUGCCGAGGGGCCGCUGCGAGUCUCAGCCAAGUAGCAAACGCCGUCGCCGGCACGCCAUCAGGUAAUGAAAGACACCACACAAGGGCGGCAGCGUCGCUAUGCAUUCCUCUGUCCCCCGUAUGUAUGUAUGUAUGUAUCAGCCAAGAGCCUCACGUCGCUGACUGGCCGCAUCGAGUACUCCGGAAACCCGCACACAAACAAUAGCUUCAUCGAUGUGGUGGGGGUGGCUGAGGACGAGGGCGGCCCGCUUGGCUUCAUCGGCAACAUCGUCGGCAACCUGAUCGGCACGAAGCGGGACAAGGCAGGCCCCCUGGAGGAGAUCGAGAUGGCCAUCGGGGAGAUCCGAGACACACACAAGAUACAGGUGGGAAAAGAACACAGCACCUUCUGCAUCCAUGGCUAUCCCAUCGACCCUUCCGUCUGCGUGUCGCCUGCACCAGAAUCUGCAUCGUUUUCGCACCAAGUGCCUGGCCCCUGACGCCCGUGAGGACUACUUCAACCGCAUCGAGGAGGGCGAGCUGCAGGGCGGCCCCACCGUCCAUCUGCCCUUCAGAUGCAACAAGAAGGCCCUCACCGACUCCGUCUCGACGGUGGAGGUGUGCUGCCAGGAGGCCGAGAAGGUGACCCUCGACAGCCGUGCGUCUGCCGACACCAUCGAUGAGGCCCCCGGGCUGGAAUCGCUGGUGUGUGAGCAUGCCCACGAGCUCACCAUCACACCUGCGGGCGGCACCCAGCAGCUGCCAUCCUACAUCACACACGACCCCACAUCGCUCUUCCCGAGCGUGUCGUCUGUCGUGGUUGAGCAGAGAGGGGAGGGCAGGAGUGUGUAUGAUGGUGGGGCGGGUGAUGUACUGCAUGCCCUCUCCCCCCACCUAGAGAAGGUGCGUUUUGAGUUGUCUGCCCGUCCGAACCCUCUCGCCACGUGCACACUGCUGCCUGAUUCCCUGGGGUCUGUCGCGGAUGAAGGUGGAGAGUUAGCAGUCCAGUUGAAGUACAAUGUCGACCGUCUCAAUCACAAUGCAGAGGGCAACUAUGUAUGGUACCAAAACGUGUCUAUGGAGUGGAAGUUAUGCAGAGAGAGAGAUGCAGUGAGGCAGGUGAUGGAGAAUGGCCGUGUCUCCUCACUCGAAGUGCAGAUCAGCAUCAAUGAGUGGUUCCAUGCCCGCGACCUGCGCACGUUUUUUGCUUCAUUCGCUGAGUGUGUGGUAGUGGCGUUUUCAGCCUUUCCCGCACUCAAAAGUGUCGUGCUGUCUGUCCAGUACAAGCCCGGAUAUCUGGCUACUAUGUUGAGGCAGGGGGCUAAGAAGAGGUGUCGCGUGACAGAGAGGGCUGACGGGACGAUAGUGCUGCGGCCCAGCCAGGCCAGACAGAGAGCUAAGAAGGAGGAGGGAGAGGGAGAGGGAGAGGGAGAGGACGAGACAGACACCAUCAUCAAGAAAGAGGAGUAGACACACACACAAUACACUCAAUACAUUGCAUUACACCACUGUCUCAAGGGGAGGGAAUUGGGGUGGGAGGCGCUGUACAGUCGUGCAUCGAUGGAUCCAUACAUGUGUGUGCGGGGGGUGGAUUGGCUUGUCGGCUCACGGAUGGCGUGGAAGGCCUGCCUGCCUGCCUGGGUGUGGGAUCACUACGUGCGAGUGCUACCACUACUAGCCUCUCGAUGACACAUGUGGCCCUCACUCCUUGCGGCCCUUCCUGCCAGCCCUGACAGCCAUCUCAUGUGUGUGAAUGUGUGUGUGAAUGGAUGGAUGGAUGGAUGGAAUGCCUGUUGGACCGUCCACGUGAGAGACACUGACUUGACCGGGCAAAUGCUUGUGGGUGGGUCAAACAACACACUCGUGUCUCCG